AUGGCGUGCGCGCGCGCGAUGACGCGCGCGUCGACGCGUGGGUUGAGACGAAGCGAGGCGACGCGCGCGAGGAGCGCGAGAGCGACGAGCAGAGCGUCGCGAUGCGUGACGCGCGCGGCGACGAACGCGGCGACGAUAAAGGUUAUUGGCGUCGGCGGUGGUGGAUCGAACGCGGUGAACCGGAUGCAGAACUCGGACAUCACGGGGGUGGAGUUUUGGAUCGUGAACACGGACGCCCAGGCCCUGGACCAGCAAGCGGUGGACGCGCCGAACCAGCUGCAAAUCGGUGCUGAGCUCACGCGUGGUCUCGGUGCUGGAGGGAACCCAGAGAUUGGUCAAAAGGCGGCGGAAGAGAGCCGAACGGCGGUCGAGGCGGCGUUGACUGGGGCUGAUAUGGUGUUCGUGACGGCGGGCAUGGGUGGAGGCACCGGAUCCGGCGCCGCGCCGGUGGUCGCUCAAGUCGCCAAAUCCGCCGGUAUUUUGACCGUCGGUAUCGUCACUAUGCCGUUCAAGUUCGAGGGGCGCCAACGAUACAACCAAGCGAUGGAGGCUGUCGAGCGUUUGCGCCAAAACGUUGACACGCUCAUCGUCAUUCCGAACGACCGCCUCCUCGCCGCCGUUGACCCGACUUUGUCUGUGCAAGACGCCUUCUUGCUCGCUGACGACAUCCUUCGUCAAGGCGUCCGCGGUAUAACCGAUAUUAUUACUUUGCCGGGCUUAAUCAACGUCGAUUUCGCCGAUGUUCGCGCCGUCAUGGCGGAUGCCGGUUCUUCUCUCAUGGGUAUCGGCCGAGCAUCUGGCAAGAACCGCGCGCGCGAAGCCGCGGAAGCGGCCAUUUCAUCUCCGUUGCUCGACCUGGGCAUCGAUCGUGCCACCGGUAUCGUGUGGAACAUCACCGGUGGCUCCGAUUUGACUUUGCACGAGGUGAACGAAGCCGCAGAGGUGAUUUAUGAUCUCGUUGACCCGUCGGCGCUCAUCAUCUUUGGCGCCGUGAUUAAGGAUGGUAACCGCGCCACCGAUGGCGAGGUGUCCAUCACUCUCAUCGCCACCGGCUUCUCGCCGUCGGCGGGCAUCAACCAAGCUGCAGCGGCGCCAGUCUCUCGACAAGCGUCUCGACAAACGUCUUUCAGCCAACCAACUGGUGGUCGUACGCCGAUCAAGGGCUGGAGCCAAAACCAAGAACCGGCGCCGUCGCGCAACGGCGCUGACAAGCAGCCGGUUGAAGAAUCGCGCGGCGGGAUCCCCGCUUUCUUGAAGCGCAGAAUGGGUCGUUAA